AUGGUUUUAUUAGAAAAUUAUGCUUCCAAUCUUUCCAAAGGUGCUUUCAAUAGUGCUUCCAAUCUUCCAAGAGCACAUCACUGCCUGAAAAAAAAAAUGGGUUCAACAUCCCCUAAAAAUAUGAAAUCUUCUACUAAGCAAUCAUUAUAUACGGAUGGAAAUUUUCCAUAUAAUCAACAAGAAACUAAUCAAAUAACUCCUAAUUAUGGUAAUAGAGUUGUAAAAAAUGAAGGACGACGUGAUCGAAACCGGUGUUUGUUUUGUUGCACGCCAAAAGUGCUAAUGAUUAUUUCUAUAAUUUAUCUUGUAGUGGGAAUUAUUCACGCGGUUUCUCAAUUAUUGAUGUUUUUUGGAUGUCGUGACCUUUAUGUAAACAUGGAUUCAGUAACUCCUUCAACAUUAUCUUAUGAUCAAACUAUAAUUCCAACAUUGAAUGUUGAAACUUCCAAAUAUUUUAAUAGAUAUGAUGAACUUUGGAUCUCUCAAACAAAUGAUACUUCAGUCACCAAUACAACUAUUCAAAUUCGUAUUGCAACAAGGAAUACCGAUAGUCAAUAUGUAUCAACAAUUGCGCCUUUUACCUAUAAUAUAAAUAUCCCAAAAGGUGAUGCUAUUGACCGCUUCUUGGCGUUAUGGACAACAAAAUGUAUUGUGAGCAGGGUUGAAGUAAUUUUACCACAACAAGUUGCAACCACAACAUUAUCACCCGUAAACAUAAAUUCAAAAAGAUUUGACGUUAAAUUCAAACAAAACUCCGUUCAGUACCCUUACCCAAUAAAUCUAAAGACCACGAGUUCUGAUAUUUAUAUCGAAAAUAUUUUAUUUACGAAAACGACAAUCCAAGCUACUAGUGGGGAUAUAAAAGGUUCAAUCUCGUCAUUACGGGAUGAAAUAAAUAUUGGAUCAACAAGCGGUGAUAUAAACGUUAAAGUUAAUGCAACCACCAUAUUAGGAUUAAGCCCAAAAGUUGGGUUGAAAAGUACUAGUGGGGAUAUUGAUUUGGAAUUAAAUGUUUCAAAUCCUGUUGUUAAACCCAUUGUUGAUGUUUCAGCCACAAGUGGGGAUAUUAAUACGGAUAUAAAGCUUGCUGAUGGGAUUACCGAUAGUCAAAUUACAAUUAAAGCAACUAGCGGAGAUAUUGAUUUAAAAUUGCAUAAUACAUUCGAAGGACAAUAUCAAAUUACGACUACUUCUGGUGAUGUUAAUAUUGGAAUUGGAAAUGAUAAAAAUCAUAACCGACAAGGUAGAAUUGGUUCAAUAAACUCGCAAGGUUUCCUCAACAUUGGAGCUACGAGCGGUGAUGUUAACGUUGAAUUUAGUUAAUUGUUAUAUAAUAUAUAUAUAUAUAUAAUAUGUAUAAUAUGUACAAUUUUUUUUAUGUACUAUUGGUGAAUUUUUUUUAUUUUAUUUUUAUUAUUAUUAUUAUAAAUAUGUAUAUGAUAAAUAAGAAUACGGAUUUGGAUUAUAGUAAAUAAAAUAAACAAUGAUAUUAUAAAGAUGCAAUCAAAAAGAACGCGGGAACACACACGUUUUAGUUAUUUAUUUAAU